ACUACUUCCGCUAACGUCGGUCUGGUGCUGCCCCGCUGGCGGCGGGGGCGGAGGCAAUCGUUCCCGUGGCAACGCCACUUCCGCCGACGAUGUCGGAGCCUCCGCGAGGUGUGGCGAAGGCCACCCGCCGCCGCCGCCAUCCCGCGGGGGAGGAGCGGCGGGACGGGCCCAGUAACGUUUGUAGCCGGCCUCGGCACGGGCUGAAGACGCCACCGGGCCGGACUCGGGCUCGGAGCGAAGGCUCGGCAGAGAACACAACUUCCACGGCCAAGGAGUUUUCAGAAGACAGCAGCUUUUUGCCAAAAGCUAGUAACAGCAAGCUGCACCAGACCAUGCCAACAGAUGCCUCUCCUGACUCUAAGUGUCCCAUUUGCUUGGACAGAUUUGACAAUGUUGCCUAUCUAGAUCGUUGCUUGCACAGAUUCUGCUUCCGCUGUGUCCAGGAAUGGUCAAAAAACAAAGCAGAGUGUCCACUCUGCAAACAGCCCUUCUUUUCGAUUUUCCAUACAGUUCGUGCUGAAGAUGAUUUUAAGGAAUACAUACUCAGACCUUCAGAAAACGGUUCUUUUGCCAGCCCCGAUGGCCGGAGGUUUCGUUACCGUACCACCUUAACGAGGGAACGCCGCACUUCCUCUUACCAUCGAGGCAGUUCCUCUUCUCGAAGGACGCUGUCCCCUCCGGAUAAUGGGAUUUUGUUCGAAGGGUUGUCAAGCCAACCUGUGCGGCAGAGAGAUGGAGAGAUUCAGCAGAUGAUAAGGAGGCUGGCCUCACGUAGGCAGGCUAGUGCAGAGGGCAGAUCUCUGCGGCAGAUCCAGGAGGAGGACAUGAUAAACUUCCGCAGAGCCCUGUACCGCACUGGUGUGCGUGUUCGUAGCAUUCAGGACGGUGGCCGCUAUCGAGACAUUUCUGCAGAGUUCUUCCGCCACAACCCUGCUUGCCUUCACAGGUUGGUUCCCUGGCUGAAGCGAGAGCUUACAGUCUUAUUUGGUGCCCAUGGUUCUUUAGUUAAUAUCGUGCAACAUAUCAUCAUGAGUAAUGUGACCAGGUAUGACCUGGAAAGCCAGGCUUUUGCUGAUGAUUUAAAGCCAUUUUUACUGAAUCGGACUGAACACUUCCUACAUGAAUUCAUCAGUUUUGCCCGAUGUCCUUUUAACUUAGAGGCAUAUGAUCAGCAUGCCAAUUAUGAUUGUCCUGCACCAUCAUAUGAUGAAGGAAGCCGCUCAGGUUCAUCAAUUAUUACUAUCUCUCCAGAUGAGGCAGAUCCGCAAGGGCCAGAACACAGUUCAUCCGUGUCUGGGGUUGGUCAGGCCCCUUGGGAUGAUGAAACUCCAGGGCCUUCGUAUUCCAUUUCAGAAGAGGUUCGUGCCACUGUAGCUUCUCCUCUGGAGAUGUCGGAAAGUUCAGAUGAGGACUCUGCUAGGAAAAGAACCACACUGCAUCCUCAGUUACAGGCCAGCGUUGACUCCAAUGAGAGUGACUCUUCAUCAGACAAUUGUGUUAUCGUUGGGUAUGUUAAGCCAUUAGCUGAGAGGACACCAGAACUGGUUGAGCUGUCUUCAGACUCUGAGGAGUCUAUCAGGGAGGAGAAGAGGGAAGAUGUGAAGAAAGAGCAGUCAAUCCAGGGUCACAGCUGGAGUGACAGUGAACCGAGCAGGGCUUCAUCACCUCACUCCCCCCUGUACAAGGAGCAUGUGAGUAGUUGUAGGAGCUCCUUAUCCUCUGCAGUCGAGAAGACAGAGUCAAAGGCUGAUGAGAAGAACAAAGAUAAAGAUCUUUCUCCACACAACUCAGUCUGGAGCCCAUUUCCAGAGACAGACACCAUUUGUUCUCCCUAUAGAAAGAAUAAAAGUAAAGUAAAAAAUCUAUCUCCACUGGACUCAGUCAGAAGCCUGUCUCCAGAGACAGACACCAUUUGCUCUCCUUAUAGUAAGAAUAAAGGUAAAGUAAAAGAUCUGUCUCCGCUGGACUCAGUCAGGAGCCUGUCUCCAGAAAUGGACACUGUUUGUUCUCCUUACAGUCACAGAUUGUCCAGAAAGAGAAAGACCAGGAGUCCUCAGACUUAUUCACAGAACAGUCGUGACAGUCAUGGCCAUCGGUCUAGGAGGGAGCAUCCUAGUAAAUGCCAGUCUAAAAAGAGACGUUCAAGAAGCAGAGAUGGUAGCGAACAUAGGAGCAAAAGAAGCAGGAGGAGGUCAAGAACUUGUGACACGAGCCUCUCCCUGAAAAGCCAGAGGGGCUCCCUUAGUCAUGAGAGCACUACAUCCAGAGAGGUAAGCAGGUCACGAUCACGUAGCAAAGGUCAUGGCAAAAGGAGGUCAAGGAGCAGGGACAGUGAUUAUUACUACAGAAGAGACAAUUAUCAAAGUAGAUACCAGUGGGGUUAUGCUUUUUAUAGUCGAAAGACAGUCGGAGAUGGCUCCUCCUGCAGGAGGAGGACUCAAUCUAAAGCUCACUAUUCAAGGCAAUCCACGAGUCCAGAAUUCAGGAUACAGUCUUUUACUGAAAGGACAGACCCGCGUAGCCAGAGAGGACUGCAUGAGAGACAUUACUACUAUUACGAACGAUGCAGAUCAAGGAGUCGAUCAAGCACCAGGUCAAGGACCCCUUCUGGAGGGACAGACAGAUUGAAAAGUGAGAAGCCUGGUGGAAAGAGGAAGUACAAAACUCGACACUUGGAGAAUGCAGUGAAAGAGAGCACCAGUCUGGAGAGAGAAAAGGACCCCAAGAAGACUUUCUCAAAGUUCCGUGACUGCUGCAAAAACGAAGACAGCCUUUCAGACAAUCGAGCAGGUAGUGAGACAAAACAUAAGAAAAAGAAGAAAAGGAUGAGAAGUCCAAGUGUGGAGAUAGUUUAUGAAGGCAAAGUGACAGACACAAUGAAACACGCUAAAAAGAAAAAGAAGAAACAUAAGAAGAAACAUCGAAAACAUCACAUGAGUAACUCAACACAUUCUUCUCCAUUGGUUAUUACAAUUGACAGUGAUAGCAGCAAGGAGCCAGAAAGUACUGAAUGUGAUAGCAGUGUUACUUGGACAGGCACAACUCAGUUGAAUGAGAGGGAAUGUGAGUCUCCAUCUUCUUUCCUGGGGAUUACAGGAUGUGAAGACGUCUACAAAGUGAGUAAGGAAACUACAGGAGUAGUGAAAAAAUAUAGUAUUCCUGCCAGGGGAAGGGAUUUAGAUGGUGACAUUAGAAAUGCUGGAGCUGAGCUUCUGGAAGCAACAGAAAGAGCUGAUCAAAGUCUUGACUUAAUUGAUAUAGCAAGCAGUAACACAGAAGCUGUAGUUAGUCACAGUCAAGAAGCACAAGCAGUGCCCUCCAGUCAACUGUCUUCCCCCAGGACUUCCUUACUAGGGCAUCCAGAGAGACCACCGCUGAUACUAAGACUGCCAAAGAGACUUGUCAACAGAUCUUGUUGGUUUGAGUCCCUUGAAAAAAACAUGUAGCAUAUUUUAUGCUGAACAAUCCUUAAAAUUGUGAAUUUGUUUCUAAUUAUGUUUUUCUCCUAUAAGAACAAAGCACCAGGUGUUUUUCUGUGUGUGUGUGUGUGUGUGUGUGUGUGUGCGCGUGUUAAAGUGUUUGGGAAAUGUUUAAACCCAUUGAAUGUUUAUGCACUUUUACGUCAAGUAAGUAUAGGAGUAUAGGAGCUUGAUGAUCUUUAAGGUCCCUUUGGAAAUUACAAUUUUGUAAAGCCAUUCUGUAUGUAAAAUACAUCCACAGAGAACUUGAAAGCUGUGUUUUAAAAAAAAAAAUCAUAAACCAAAAGACAGUGAAUACACUUUAUGGGGAUUGCUCUUGUUACAGAGGAAAGUUGCUUAGUUCAUAAAAAAUGAUUCAGGCUAAAUUGUACUGUCAUUUUGAUGUGUGUUUUAAGUUGAUCUCUGCAGAAAAGCAGUAUGCUAUUUCUGCAUACAUAUUGAACAGCACUUCCAGUAACAUGAGUUGAGUUAUGUCAAAAUCUUAAUAAAGCAAUAAGAGUUUUUGUUUAAAAAAUGAAUGUAAAUCUAUUUGUGCUGUCAUGGGUACUCCAGGCUGGAAGAUUAUCAGGUUCCAACUCACUGAAAGUAGGAACACUUUUGAUUGGAUUCUUCAGGAUCUGUCUAGUUUUGUUCAACAGCUUCUCUGUGCUACCUCUUCUAAUAUCAGACUAGUCCCAUGGGAUUUCUUUUCUCCAUGCAGUCUUUUUGUGUUUCUAUGUCUGCUACCUCACAUCCUACUGCUGCGCAACACUAGCAGCACCUGUUUCCCGUGUGCCUUACCACUGGAUGCUGGGAGAUAUCAGUCUUUGGCAGCUCCUCUGAGGCUCACUGCUUUCAGCCUGUCCCCAGCUCGCCCCUCCUGGCCAUUGUGUGUACAAGGCACAGGGCUGAGCAGGAUCAGGGUCUCUGGGUCUGGGCACAGCACAUGUUCCCUGUGCCAAUCCAGGAAGCUGCCUUCCUGUGUGGUGGGUUUGGCUGUGGCUGGCUUCCAGAUGCCCGUACAGCCACUCACAUCCCGCCCUUGACAGGACAUAGGGAGAAAACAGGAUGGAAAAGCUAACUGUAGAGAUCGACACAGGGAGAUCACUUGUGAUUACUGUCAUGGCCAAACUGAGCUCAGGGAAGAUUAAUUUAGUUUACUUUCAGUUAAAAAGAGUGUAGGAUAGUGAGAAACAAAAAUGUAAAGUCACUUUCUCCUCCUACUCUUUCUUCAUAGGCACAGCUUCAUUCUUGAUGCUUCUGCUUCUUCCUGAGCAGCACAAGUGGUGGUGGUGGGGUAGCUGCAGUCAGUCUGUAAUCAUUUUUGUCUCUGUCGCUGCUUCCUUGCCACUCUUUCUCUGCUCCCACAUGGAUCCUUCCCACAGUGUACAGUGCUUCAGGAAUGGAAUCACAGAACCACAGAACUGUAGAGUCUGGAAGGGACCUCUGGAGAUCUACUCCAACCCCCUGCAAGGCACGUUCCCUACAGUAGGUUGCAUAGGAAAGCAUCCAGGUGGGUUUUGAGUAUCUCAAGAGAAGGAGACUCCACAACUCCUCUGGGCAACCUGUUCCGGUGCUCUGUUGCCCUCCAAGUAAAUAAGGUUUUCUGCAUUUGAGAUGGAUCUUAAAAUGCUCCAGUUUGUGCCCGUUGCCCCUUGUUCUGUCACUAGGCUUCACUGAAAAGAGCCUUGGCCCAUCCUCUUGGCUCCCACCCAUUUGGUAUUUAUAAGCAUUGAUAAGAUCCCCCCCAUUUUUCUCCCAGCUGAACAGUUCCGGGCUUCUCAGCCUUUCCUCAUAAGGGUGGUACUGCAGGCCUCUAACCAUUUUUGUGGCCUUCUGCUGGACUCACUACAAGUUCCCUGUCUUUUCUGAAAUAGGGAGACCAGAACUGGACACAAUACUCUACGUUGCCUCCCCAGGGCAGAGUGACGGGGAGGAUCACCUUCCUCACUUUGCUGGCCAUUCUCUUUCAGUGCAUGCCAGGACACCCCUGGCCUUCUUGGCCAUAAGGGCACACUGCUGGCUCAUGGCCAUCCUGUUGUCCACCAGGCCCCACAAAUCCCCAGAGUACCCUUCCAGAUGAGUGUUACACCUCCCCAGGUAUAGCACUUUACACUUGCCCAUGUUGAACCUCAUAAAUUUCCACUUGCCCCAACUCUCCAGCCUGCCCAGGACUUGCUGCAUGGCAGCACAGCCUUCUGGUGUGUCAGCUUUGUAUCAUAAGAAAGCUUGCUGAAGGUGCAUUCUAUUCCUUCAUCCAGGUCAUUGAUGAAGACAUUGAAUAACACUGGACCCAUCACUGACCCCUGGGGAGCACUGCUAGAUCCAGGCCUUCAACCAGAUUCUGUGCCGCUAAUCACAGCACACCAAACUCUGCCAAUUAGCCAGUUCUCAAUCCAUCUUCCUGUCCGCUCAUCUAUCCAAUGCUUCCUCAGCUUACUUACAAGGAUGUUGUGGGAGAGAGUGUCAAAAGCCUUGCUGAAGUCUGGCAUGGGACAGAUCCUUCAGCGCCCACCACUACCAGCUCCUUAUGGUGUACACUCCAUGCACCUUGGCUUGGCAGAUGUGGAUCCCCCAUGCCAGAUGCUAGCUGACUGUGUGUGCAAACAUGGUGACGAGGCCACUGACAGCACGAAGAACUACAGCUUGGUCUCUAAAUCCUGAAGAGUCAUUUUAUGAUGCUACUGAAGACGUGUUGCAGGUCUCCAACAUCUGCAAUGCAUGGAGAUUUUAUUACCAUUCUGGAUUAAUGAGGUGACACCACACCUUUGAAUAUAAAACCUCCUUAGACAGGAAGGUCUGCUGUUCUGCAUUUCAGCAAGGGGAACAUUGUUUUGUUGCUUUCCUGAAGAGAAUCUACUCACAGUUGGCCAGAUACAACAUGAGACUGCCAGUAUCUGAUUUCAGGGAACAUCACUGCCUCACGCGUGGUACACUGUCAGUAUAUCCCAAGUUUUUCCUGUGAUUUUAUUCUGUUUGGUACCUAAGCCUGUUGCAAAAGAAAUAAUAAUAAAGGGCUGGAGCACCUUUCCUACUGUUAUGGUCUUACCUGUCAGGCAGUUAAGCACCGCACAGUUGUUAUCCCAGUGGGACAAGGGAGAGAAUCAGGAAAAAAAAAAUAAACAACAAAGUAGAACUCAUGGGUAGAGAGAAAAGUUUUCUACCAAGACAGAAAAGGAAGAGAAAAAAAAAUAAUAGGAAUGAUAAUUAUGCAUCCUGAACAAGGACUGAGCAUCGCUGAGAGUAAAAUGAAUAUCUUGAGGAAUAUCUGUAUGUCAAGCAGGCCUCUUUGCUAGGCUGCUUACAGGCUCAGUACAUGUUGGUGUAUCGUUUAUCAUCUAUCAUCAUUUGCCACGCUGAGCAUGGGUCCUAGACGUUUCAGCUUCUUGAAGUAGAGGAGAGCACUCUUAGAAGCUGUUUGGGUAGAUGUUUGAUGUCUUAAAGUAACAGAGAGGCAUUCUCUUGAUGAAUGAACAUCCCAGAGACAAGUUUGAACCAAACAGUCCAGAAAAUAAUUGUUUGUGGAAGAGAUUAUUCAAAGUGAUAAAAGUAACAAUAUUUUAAUUUUUCACACUGUGAUGUCAUAUGAUUAAUUUGUGUUUAAUGAUUCAUAUUAGUUUAUCUGAUUAUUUCAGAAAAUCCUAGUGGCUUUUGCCCAGUGGAAAACCACUGAACAUAUAUCUAGUCAUUGUCACUAGAAUUCCUUGUUAUGUAUGUGAUUGUGAUAUCUCUUCCCUUUCCCUUUUUCCUUGUCCCUUUCCCUUUCCCUUUCACUUUAUUCCUUUGCCUUUCCUUUCCCUUCACUUUUCCCUUCCCCUUGUCCUUCCCUUUCCCUUCCAUUUGCCUCUCUUAUCCUGUAAGUACCACAUCUCUAGAAGUAAAAUGCAAGCCUUCCUGGAAAUGACAUUUGGCAAAAAAAAAAAAAAAAAAAAAAAAACCAAAACCACCUGCAGAUCUGAAAUUGUAUUAAGAGGCAUCUUCUGUGGAAAUAGCAUGCAAACAUUAUUCCAGCUGAAAGAGCGGUGCCAUGUUAAAGUAGUUCCUCUUGACAUGUCCUGGUAGAACUGUGUCAUCCAUGAUAAUCACAUUGAUAUUGUGGUAGUUCCUCUGAAUCACUCCAGUGCUACUCUGUAAUUCUGUGCUCUAUUUGCUCCAGGAUGAGAGAGGUUGGAAGGAGUGCUAAGUGUUUGCUUCUGUGCACCUGUGCUACAUUCUGCUCACACACUACCUCCAAAUGGCUAACAAUUCUGGAGCAAACUGACCCAAAAGAGGGGUGAUAAGUGUUUUCAGCUCAUCCGGAUGAGCUGGAUUUUAAGGGGAAAUGCUCCAAAAUGUCUUUUACCAGGUUGUAAAUAAAUGCAUCAUUUAUAAGAUUAUGAAGAAGCUCUAAUUGGUUGCUGAACAAUUCUGAUAUAAAAUUUGGAGACCAAAUCUAUAACUGAAAGGAAAAAUAUUAGUCUGGAGUUUUAUGCAUUUCUCACUAUAAUGCUGAUCAUUAUAGUUAUACAUACUGUAUCUUCAGUACAUCGUUACUAGAAUAAUAUACAAAGCUCCUGAUUCAAAACAUAAUAUAUCCGAUAUUUUAUCUAAAGAUAACAUAUUUGAUUCUUUGAAGCCUCUGUCUAGAGUCAUCAUCAAGAUUCCUGAUUUCAUACAAACAAACAGGAGUUUCUAACAAAUGCAAGAAAAAAAGAUUUGUUUUUUUUUUUCCUUUUAUUUUCAGUUAGCUAAUAGGAGCUAAAAUCUGAUCUCUGAAACUCCAUCAUAAAUAGAAUUUGUGAGGAUAUUUAUGCUGGGAUCAUUAUUUGAUAGCUGAGAUAUCUAGCCUUCAAAUACUCCAGCCUCCAUACCAGAGUAAGUGAUGAGGUCCUACAGACACAUUUCCUAUUAAAACAUUUGAGAGCCCUGUAAAUAGUUCUUGAACAAAGACUGUUAAAACAUCAUUGGUGUGAUGACCCUACAAUUUUCUCCAGUUCCCUGUAAAGGGGAAGUCUUGUGUUAGAACAUGGAAUCCUGAAUAGGUAAAGCAUACUGUUAUAUACAGAUCUGUUUACACACUCAGAUAUUGCAUGUAGCACAUCUGCAAUGUUCACUUUGGCAACCAAGGGUUCUAGACUGCUUGCAAAACCCGUUUUCGCUAGUUUAAAAUGACAGUGGUUUGUUUAAAAAUACAAUGCUCAGCUUGGGAAAGAAGUUCUACUGUGACCAGGAGCUACUGAAAAAUCCUCCAGACUAAUUUUGGAUGCUGAUUACAAAAGUCCAGAGUGAUAAACAUUUGUAUCUUAGAAGUGUUUAAAAUGCUCGAUCGUGUCACGUAGUUGUGGAAGAUGAUUUUCUUUGCUGCAACUCUUUGCAAUCAUGCAUGACUGACUUUGGUGGAAGAAUUAUGAUGAUGUUUUCCUUCUCCCCAAUGUCCUGCUCUUCCAGUAAGAGUGAAAGAUACAGCUCUAUUUGUAAACAGCUGAAGCGUCAUAUCUGCAACGCAUCAUGUAAAGGUAUCAUCACUAUCAAAAUGAUAGGCAACAUCACAGAAAGCGGCUGCUGUAAUUCACAGAGAUGGUGAUCAGGCUCUGAAACUGUUUUAUGAUGGCGUGUUCAUGAGUCCUCUCAACAAUAUGCUACAGCUAUGCUGUGAGUUAUUCUAAGCAGACGUUUUAACAGGACUAAAGUGACACUUCGUAAUUCGAGAUCUGCAAGCCUCGUAUUUAGCACUAUUCAUUCGACCAUUCUUCCAACUUUCCAGCUCCUGUGAUGCAGACUUAUUUGUGGGACACCGCAGAGAGCACAUGCAUGCAGCAGUAUAUUAAGCAGUUACAUUAACACUGCCACACAGAGCUCUGUGGGUGGAACAGCACCGUUGUGUCUGCCACCGGACAGCCCAGCCCUGUUUGACAGCAGCGGUCAGCAAACAAUCACUCAGCAGGAGCAGAGUGAUUCCAACACGUGCCCUUGGACAGGUUAUUUGUCCCCACUGCACUCCAGCCUUGCAGCUUUGUAAGCUGACUCUUGGAGCUAAUUAUUUGACUUGUUUGGCUUUUGGGCAGCUAUGUCCAAUAUGCUGUGCCAUAACCACAGCCAUUACUGGUGAGCUAAUGGUCAAUAUGAGAAGACUUGAAGAAAAAAAUAAAAUAUUACUUCUGUCUUGUGCAUAAGUACAGAGGAAUGAUGUCUCUGCCUUUCUAAUGUUGAAUCUUAUGUUUUCAUUCAGGCUCAGAGAGAAUUUUGGGUUUGCAAAAGGCAAAGAAAUGAUGUGAUCUCAGUUUCAUUACUUCUGUUUCUGACACAGUCAGAGGAGUUGGGCAACUUACCAAAUAAAAGUUGAUACAGAUGUAUUUUUCUUUUUGCAGGAAGUGGCAGUUUGUCAAAAACUGAAGCUGUACACAAGAACGUUCCUAGAGACUUUCUACAUUAUAUAUACACACAGUCAGCAGACAGAAAAGAAGUGGCUCUAAGGGCCAUUUGUGAAUGGUGUGAAAGGAAACAGAUGAGGGAAUCAAACACUAGCUCCUGUUUGCUCUUUUCUUUUUCUUUUCUUGAUCCUACUGUUAAACACACAUAGAAAAGUUUUAACUGGAUCACGGCACAAAAGAUCUUUGCCUUCUCUUCCAUUUAAGAAGACUGACUGAACUCCAAAAAAGUCUUCUCCUUUCACACGCAGCAUGAAACCUUUCAAAUAUCCCCCCAUUCUCCCAAAUUCCAGACCAAAUGGCAGCCAGAUGAUCAAAGUGAAAUUACAUAGGAUGAUCAAGCUUUUAUAUUAAUACUUGGAGAAGAUCUUAACAACUUUCCAACUCAUCUGUUCCCUUUUGUAUACGCCUGCCUCUUGUUUAGCACCUGCUGCAAGAACCUUCACUGAGCUGAUUCAGCUCUGGCUCCCUGGAAACUGUCUCGAUAUAUUCAACAGCAGCUUUUUUUUCUAAGGGUACAAACCUCUGUCCUUUCUCCCUCCAAAUUCAAUAUUGUCAUGGUAUCUUCCUUUGGAGCAAAGGCACUUUGGACAUUUGCCUCUCUCAGCCAGCAGUCCAGGCAUGUGGAAACAGGCCCUGCAGCCCAUCAGGUGACCUCAUUUGUUCAUGUGAGUGCAGCCCAAACUGACCUACAUUCUUCACUUCUAAAUGAUUUCCAAAAUGGCUUGAAGUUGUGUUGUGGAUUGCCCAUGACUGGUGUUGUCCCUUCGGUACUACUGUGAAAUAAAGAAAGGAAGCUGGGCAGGAGCGGGAGUUUCUCUUUCACAACAAAUGUAUUACUCUUCUAAAUCUGAGUGAAACAUCAGCUUUCUAGCUGGGUGAUAGAACUUCAAAGUGUAAAAAAACUCUGUUCUAACUAAAAUGUGUGGUUGCAUUUAUGUUUGUAUAGUAUGCUUUCAUUUUAUUUUUUCCUUUGCUCAACUUUUAAACUGUUUUUUUCUUUUUUAAUUAAAUACAUGUGUGAAUAUUAAAAAAUGUUAGAUGAAGAGGCCAUUUCUGGUUAGCAGUGAGAGAGGCCUACCUCCUAAUGGAUUGCAUUUACACUACAUAACUAUGACUGCCCACCACAACUGCAGUCAUUCCAGUAUGUCAUCCACAUACCACACAUUGCCAUUUAGAACAAUACAUAGUAAAAGAUGCCUGGAACAUGGUUUCAAACAUCUUGGUGAAGAUCAGUGUUACAACCGUAGUGGCAGCAGCUGUUUCUCCUAUAAAUCAAUUGUAUGAAAUAACAUAUGUUGGCAGAUCCUCCCGGUAUCUUUACAGUAGUGCUAAUUCCAGGCUUCUCUCCCUGCUGAUAUUCACUGCAUGGACAUUACUCUGAAGAUUGUGUUUCUGAUUCUGAAACCCUCAUGGCAAAACAUUACUCCUGUGUAUCUCAUGGACCAGGACAGGUAAGCUGCAUCAAACACUACUUGACACCCAUUCAUUCCUACAUGUUUCUCUUUCAGGACUUCACGAUCUACUUUAUCUCAUGGUUCUUUAACUGCUGUAGUUUUGAUGAGGUCUUUUUUUCUGAUUCAGCUGUAGGAGCAGGGAAGAGAGAAUGGUAUGUUUUUGGAUUUCCUGAUCAGACUCCAGGCUGGGAUGUCUUUUGCCAUCAAAACACUCGGAUGCCCCAUCUCAGGUUCCAGAAGGAAGGAUGCAUCUGCAUUCAUAGGCAACCUGGUAAGAUAGGAAAAGUAGUAUUACAAAAAGGCAAUAAAUGUGUUAUGUAUGAAAAUGCCCGAAGAAAAAUAAACCAGCAAAAAAGACUCUCCCAUUCAGACUGAUCCUGUGAGGCAGCAAGACAAGUUACUGUUUAUUGUGAAAAAGUAACAAACUUCUGUCAUGAAGGAAAACCACUGUAAUCACCAUGAGAACACAGACUUUAAGGCUGCUGUAUGUAUCAGUACAUUUGGAACAUCGCAAAAUACAAACCAAAAUGAUACGAGGCUGUAUCUUGGGUACAGUAGCUCUUGAAUAAGGUGAGGGGUCAGCCAAUCCAUUAGACCAGAAACGCUGACUACGAAAAUAACAGGAGAAAACUGUCUGUCCCCAGUUUGUGUGGUGUGGAAAAUGUGUGACUAUGGACAUUUUGGAAAAUGUGAGAAAAUGGAAGACCAUAUUUAUUUUACCAUGAUGUAUGUUUGCAAUUCUACCGCUUUUUAAAUAUGUCAUAUACUGACCUGAAACAUCUUAGAUUUUGGGAUGACGACCUGACAAGAGACAUCCUGUUAGCAUUUGCCCAUUUUUUUUUAGCACACGCUGAAUGUUUUGGAAAAAGAAAUCCACAAUAAAGUGCAGUCUGUGAAAAA